AUACCAGCUACUCGUACCAUCCGGCCAUCCACGACGAGAGUUUCGUCCGGCGAAAGCAACGACGGAACCGGACCACCUUCACGCUCCAGCAGCUCGAGGAACUGGAAACGGCCUUCGCCCAAACCCACUAUCCCGAUGUGUUCACCCGGGAGGAUCUGGCGAUGAAGAUCAACCUAACCGAGGCCCGUGUUCAG